ACUUUUUCUAUCCUUCUUUUUCUUUUUCGCUUUAAUUACGGUCUUAUACGUGCGCCGCGUUUCCAUUAAUUCAAUAAGCUCGAUAAAUCCGUUCUCAUUCAGUUAGAAACGUCGAAAAUUCCAGCUCAAGAUCUUCUUCCACUCUGCGAUGGAAUAGCAGAUGUUUCGACGCGUUUCAACUGCGGAAAUUUAAAAUUCAAACAAAAGUAAUCGUGGUCUCGCAGUACGUAUUCGUUUGUAGGGUUUCGUCCCGAUUUUACUAUUGUUUGUUUCACGGAAGUAAGUUUCCUCGCGACUCAGGGAAAUGUGGGUCACCGGUGAUCCACGUGGCACGGAACGUGAUACGGGUUAACUAAAGAACUUUUUCUUUGUCACGUAUUUUUACCUCCUAAUCGCUUUGGUAUGAUAAUUUUUUAUAUCACAUAUCAACAUAGAUAUACGUGUAUCGAUCAUAAGCAGAAAAUAGUUCUAAAAUUCAGUAUAUUGUCAAUUAAUCUCGCGUUACAAUUACAAUUACAAAGGACAAUUAAUCUCAAUUGUCCUUUUAUUUGGUUUUGAGAUUGAACAUUUUUCCGUGCUCAAUUAAUAAUUUAUAAUGAUAUUAUUAUAUAACGCAAAAGCAAUUUUUUCUCCAAGAAAACGACCACAGUUGACCAAACAAGCCCUAUACACAUACAUUCCCGCUCAUAAGUAUCAUUACUGCGUUUCUUGUCAUUUGGCACAAUGUACUCUCUAUAUACCAUAUAGAUUGAGAUUUGCAGUAGGAUUCUCGAAGCGUCCUAUUCGAUAGAAUUCAGAUUGCAAAGCUGCAUGGAUGAACAAAUAAUUAUACAAAUAUGCUACGAUAUAACUCAUUCAAAUAUUUAGAACAAAUUUCUGCUUUCUACGUAUACUGCAUCGCAACUUUGCAUGAAUAUAAAAUUCUGCUCGAUCAAUCGUCUCCUGGAUACUUUAGAUUAAUUUCCAUAUUUCCAAUGAAACUGAUAGAUAUUCUAAUACUUAUAAACGGGGCUAUAUACGUAUUCAUAAACCAAUCGAACACGUACGUUUUACCGAACGCAUAUACAGUGAUGCAUAAAUAUGAAGUCAACUCAAAUUUCAAGCCCAAAAUCAUCAUUCACUGGAUGGAAGCUUACUAACCACGUUAUCGAGUUAAACACCUUCGAACCGGUUCCCUUUAAGCCAACGAUUAAUUACAACGAUAUGUAUCCGAAUGAAAAAAAGGCGAGGAAAAAAAAAGAGCAAGCUCUUUUUCGCAGGAAAGAGAGGGAAACCCGAAGGAAUCGCGAGACGAAAUCACGCGCGAGCGCGAACGACACGGGGAUUAGAAGGAUAUACGAUGGUGGGGGAAAGGUUGAGUGGUGGGGGCCGCUAUUGGUGGCGCGCUGUCGAUGAGUGGGGGUGAGUUAGGGGUAGUCAGCGCCUCCACAGAGGGUGAGUCUCAGUCGCCAAUCGGUCAGCCUGUCGCACGGCUGGGUCUCGGAAUCCCUGUGUGCGAGUAACGCUGAUCAGCGCGCGCGCGCGCGCCUCGCCACACACGUACGCGCGAUCAGACAAGGACGACGGGGCAGCAGCGGUGCGUGGAGACCGGAAUUUGCAUUUUCUCAGACGUGUGAUAAAAAGAAGAAGAAAAAAAAAAAAAGAAACAGAACAAGAAUAUAACCCAAAUCGGUGGAAGAGUUACGGAAAAGAAGAAACAUAGGAGGAAUCGUGGAUGGAAGUUGUAUAUAGCCGAUUAACAGCGAUCAUCCUCAGUCUAGUCGAACUAUAGGCGAAACGUGUCCGGGACGCGUUUCCCGAACGCGUACCGCAACCGGUCAGCGCGUGUGCACCCGACUACGAUCGAUCCUUAGGGCGAUACGAUCCAGAAACGCGAUGGACGGAACCACCCUGCUUAACCAGCGAAGAUAACGCCUUCCGAGAAGAUCAACCUGCUUGGAAUACGUAUUCACAUCGCACUUAAGGAGUAUACCCUCGACCUUCAGCAAGACUGCACGCGUCUCCUCUCAAAUCACAUCCAGCAUAGAAUCUAACCGAUCAUCGAGCUUCACCUGCCAUCGAGAACCAACAACCGCGAUAAAAGAAAGAACGCGAGGACGCCAGAAUCGGCCGACGAAGAUGUGAUCGAGAAUUCCUCUUGUACUACGUCCCCCUGUCUAAGGGAUGUCCUCCUCCGCGGGCACCAGCUGCACCGACGCCGAGGAGGACGCCGAGGAUGUGGAGAACGAGGUGGCAGGUAGCGCGCAGUCGUCUAAUUACUUGCCGUCGGGUUUCCGUGAUAGCGCGCGCGAUCACCUGGAAGGACUGCGGUUAGAUGGGUCAUCGAUCGCGCGUCCACCAGCCGGGGACAGUUCCGCGAGCCCAUCGACGUUGUCGUGGUCGGUGCCUCGAUAAAUCCGGAUCAUCGUCCUCCACCACCAUCUUCUCCCCCAUCUUCCUGUCUUCUUUACGGUCGUCGAUCGACGUUCGUUCAUCGACGACGAAGAGUCAAAGGUCUCCAGUUGCUCCGUCGCGAGUCGUAUCCACGGUGGAUGCGCAGCUGGAGCACGUACCAAGCUGGAGGAGGUAUAGGAACGCUGAUCGUUGGAGCAACGGAGGACCGUUCGCGUUCAGGUGACGACAGAGACGUCUAGGUUACUGCCAGGUGGAUCCUGAAAUCGUCCAAGAUCUGUCCUGCAUAAUUCGCGUUAUUAUUUUUAGUUUCUUACAUAUUUUCCUUUUAGUUUCUCGUAGUCCGGUUUGGCCCGAGUGUUCUGUAUUAUAUACACGUAGGGAGAAACUGUUGGGUGUUGUGUUGGAGAAUCGACAAGCUUCUAUCGGUCUGGCCGGUCCCAGCUGUGGAAGGUCAGAGGACUGCGAGAUCGGAAGUUCGGACGAACGUUUCCGGCCACUGUCACGCUAUAGAACGUGCGAACUAUCUCGCCCGAGGAUUUACACGGACGUGUACGGGACAAUUGGUCGAGCGUGUUGCUACAGCGUGUUUGGAAAGGCGUAUAGCAGGUCGCGGCGGUUGUGCUCGUUUGGACCGGUUCCAGGCGGACGUGAAACCGUCGACAGGUGAUUCGGGCGAUACCACAAUGGUGAACUACCCUCGAGUCAUGACAUUCAGUUAGUGAACGUACAGCUUGUUGUCGCGCGUGUGCAUCUGUGCAGCUGUAAGAAAGUAUUAAGAGAGAAUAGAAGAGAAGAGGAAAGAUCGAGAGAAGAAGGCUGGACAUGCGGCGAGGAAGACAGCACGUAAUCGUCGUAGCUAGAGGCUGGACGAGGUCCUGAUAGCCGCAGCGACCAGGAUCCGGGAUCAUCCAAGGAAGAAAGGAUGCCAGGGGGGCGCAGGGGCCUGGUCGCCCCGCAAAACACAUUCCUCGAGAACAUCAUUAGACGGAGCAGCAGUCAACCUGACAGCAGUUUUCUCCUGGCGAACGCUCAGAUCGUCGACUUCCCUAUUGUCUAUUGCAACGAAAGCUUUUGCAAAAUCUCUGGCUAUAAUCGUGCCGAGGUUAUGCAAAAGUCCUGCCGCUGCGGAUUCAUGUACGGGGAGUUGACGGACAAAGAUACGAUCGCCAGGAUCGAGGAAUGCCUCGAGGGCCAGAUUCACGAUCAAUUCGAGAUCCUGCUGUACAAGAAGAACAAAACACCACUAUGGCUGCUUCUACAAAUAGCGCCAAUAAAAAACGAACGGGACCUGGUGGUCCUGUUCCUGUUGACCUUCCGGGACAUCACUGCCCUGAAGCAGCCAAUCGAGGCGGACGACAGCAAGGGUGGCCUCUCCAAGUUCGCCAAACUCGCCAGAUCGGUCACCAGGUCGAGAUCUGUUCUUGUAUCACAAUUCAGCUCCCAUCUGCCCGCCCUCAAGGAUACCGCGUUGCCAACCACCGCGAAGCAAUCACAUUUAGCUCAUAUGAUGUCCUUAAGCGGCGACGUGAUGCCGCAGUACAGACAAGAGGCACCAAAGACCCCGCCGCACAUUUUGUUACAUUACUGCGCGUUCAAGGCGAUCUGGGACUGGAUCAUUUUAUGUUUGACCUUUUACACGGCCAUCAUGGUGCCCUACAAUGUCGCGUUCAAAAACAAGACCAGCGAGGACGUGUCCCUGUUGGUCGUCGACAGCAUCGUCGACGUCAUAUUCUUCAUCGACAUUGUCCUCAAUUUUCACACCACGUUCGUUGGACCUGGUGGCGAGGUGGUGUCUGACCCCAAGGUGAUCAGAAUGAACUACCUAAAGUCGUGGUUCAUCAUCGAUCUUCUGAGCUGCCUGCCGUACGACGUGUUCAACGCGUUCGACCACGACGAGGACGGCAUAGGGAGCCUGUUUUCGGCUCUCAAGGUGGUCAGAUUGCUUCGUCUUGGUCGAGUGGUUCGGAAACUAGACCGGUAUCUGGAGUAUGGAGCCGCGAUGCUCAUUCUACUGCUCUGUUUCUACAUGUUGGUUGCUCACUGGCUGGCCUGUGUCUGGUACGUCACUUUAAGGUACUCGAUAGGAAGGUCGGACGCGGACAACGGAGUCCAGUAUUCCUGGCUGUGGAAGCUGGCGAACGUCACCCAGUCACCGUACAGCUAUCUGUGGACCAAUACCAGCACCGCACCGGAACUAAUCGCAGGACCGUCCAGGAGAACCAUGUAUGUCACUGCAUUGUACUUCACAAUGACCUGCAUGACCUCCGUGGGCUUUGGCAACGUCGCCGCCGAGACCGACAACGAGAAGAUUUUUACCAUCUGCAUGAUGAUCAUUGCCGCUCUGUUGUACGCCACGAUCUUCGGUCACGUGACUACGAUCAUCCAACAGAUGACAUCGGCCACGGCCAAAUAUCACGACAUGCUGAACAACGUGAGGGAGUUCAUGAAGCUGCACGAGGUGCCGAAGGCACUUAGCGAACGCGUGAUGGAUUACGUGGUGAGCACCUGGGCGAUGACCAAGGGCCUAGACACCGACAAGGUACUUAACUAUUGCCCCAAGGAUAUGAAGGCGGAUAUCUGCGUUCAUCUGAACAGGAAGGUCUUCAACGAACACCCUGCAUUUAGAUUGGCCUCCGAUGGCUGCCUCCGCGCUCUGGCGAUGCAUUUCACGAUGUCCCACAGCGCGCCAGGCGAUCUAUUGUAUCACACAGGCGAGUCUAUCGAUUCGUUGUGCUUCAUCGUGACCGGAAGUCUCGAGGUGAUACAGGAUGACGAGGUCGUGGCGAUCCUCGGCAAGGGUGACGUGUUCGGCGACAGCUUCUGGACAAACCCGUCCGUAGGACAAAGCGCUGCCAAUGUUCGAGCUCUUACUUACUGUGAUCUCCACACGAUCAAGAGGGAUCGGUUGCUGGAGGUGUUGGAUUUUUAUCAGGCUUUCGCCAAUUCUUUUGCCAGGAACCUCGUUCUGACUUACAACCUUAGCCAUCGGCUGAUCUUCCGGAAGGUAGCGGAUGUCCGUCGAGAAAAGGAGCUGGCUGAAAGGAGGAAAAACGAGCCGCAGUUAGAUCAAGCUCAGGAUCACCUGGUGCGCAAAAUUUUCUCGAGGUUCAAGACCGACGGGGAUGCCCAGAUCGGCGUGAGCAGGGCCGCAAAUGGACGGUCCCAGCAGGAUUCCGACGAGGAGCUCACCGUGAACGUCCUGCCGCCCUGGCCCAGUUUUAGGUUCCGCAGGGAGAGACACAAUGCUGACGUGGAGAAAGGAGACGGAAAAGACGGGAAGGAUGGGAAGGAGGGUGAAUCCUCGCACGCCAGGAAACUCUCCACAGCGGACGAGAACAUUGCUGUUAAAGGACGGGCCGGGAAGUGGGGACGACUCUUAGGAAGCUCCAGCCUGGACUCCGGAAGCGAGACGGGAACCGGGGUAGAUACGUUCAAACGAUCCUUAAGCGCCAGGGACACCCGUCCCAGUUCUAGUGCCGGUAGCAACAAGGUGUUCCCAAAAUUCGGUAAGCUGACCGGUACCAUCGAAGAAUCAGGUGAUGCUGAAAACGUGAAAGAGACGCAGCAACAGCAGCAGAAUGCGGCAGAUUCGAAGCAGCUCCAGCUUCGCCGACUGGAGAGCUAUGACGAUGGACUAAUUACCACUCAGCCGAGCCACGAUCGUGAAAUCCUAGCUGCCGUGCUCGAGGUGAAGGUUGAUCUGAAACUGGAAGUGCAACGAGUCAAUCAAAGAUUAGCAAAGAUCGAGGACAUGCUGCAGACGCUAAUGACAAGGCUUCCUGCGGCCACUCCACCGCAGCAGAAGGGCUCGAACAAUUUUUCAACGGGUGGUAGCGGCGGUUCCUCGCAGAUUCAGCCAACCAGUCAACCACAAAGUGCUUCUAGCUGUCAACAGGGUUCCCAGGCUACGCAAACACCUGGGGGAAGCACAGAGCAGAAAAUUUCUAUAGCGACUGCAUCCACGUCGACGACCGAAGGUUACAGGGAGCAGGGUACAACCACAGAGAGAAGCUCCAAAUCCCAAGAGCAUCAUCAUCAUCACCAUCACCAUCAUCAAUCGCAACAGUCUGACAGAUUGAAGGACAGUAGUAGUGAUUAUAAGACUUCCUCGAGGGAAAUGAGUAAAGAGUUGUUAGAAAGACUGGCCCAAGCGUCCACUUCCAGAGGGGACGAUGGUACAUCCCUUGGACCGUUGAUUUUGAGGAAGAGAAGAAGCAAAUCAAGGAACAAGGGAGCUGCACCGCUGGCACCGUUAGCUAGUCAGCCUAUUAGUCCAUCGGAGGCGACAGAGACCACGCAGAUGCUCGAGUGCACGGAUGACAGGGAACAGAACACCACCGCGACAGACAGAAGCGACAGGUCCGACAGAAAACGGCCUCCGCCCAGACCUAGGGAAUACUUGUGAAAGUUCUUAAGGCUCCGGACGAUCGUCUCGAGGCUGAUAUUCUGGCGAGAAUCGCUGGAACGAACUGCCGUUCUCUGGAAUGAUUUUGUUAAGGUUAGGGUUAAGUAUGGUGCAAUUAGAUGUGACUUAAGAAAGUUUUAUGUGGUUGGUUAGGAUCGUCGGAGCUGGUCCUAUUCUAAUCGAUGGAAGAAGGAAAAUAGCUAUUUGGAGGUUAUCAUAAUCGGAAAGAAAUGGAAGUUGUGUCGAGGUUAAGGUUUCUAGUUUCUUUAAAGAAGAGAAGGACGGCUGUUUCAGCGAACUCUUUUCAACGAAAUGAGACGAGUGUACCGGUAGAGUAAGCUACCUGUAAAAUUUCACCGCGUACGUUUUAAGGACAUGCUGCAUUUUCGCUACUCGCUUCGCGUCUGGUCUUUAGCGAGCAUUCGUCGGUACGCGUGAAGAACGAAUCCGACACGGGGAAAAAAAUAUUGAUUUUUGAGGUUAUGGUUCGGGGAUUGUCGUUCGAAUUUAAUACGAAAGAAAAAAAACCAAGAAAUUCUAUAAAAGAGGUUAAAAAAACACAAGAGAGCAAAAAUAAAAGAGGGAUGUGCCGACGAAACGAUCCCGCUACUAUAAUGCAACUUGGCAUAUUUUUGCAUGGCCAAACACGCGAUUAAAAAGCAAAAAAGUAAACCAAAGAAAAAAUAUAUAAAAAAGUAUAUCGAAUUAUAUACUGCUUGCGACGGCUUUUUCGAGACAUCGAACGUUUAAACGAGAGGAGGAUGGAAACUAACAAAAUUCAGAAUACUCACGUUCUAAUACGUAAGGUAACACACACUGUAAUCGUAGGUUUACACGCAUCUUUAGGGGAUAUCAGCUAGACUCGUGGUUGCGCGCGAUAGAUUUUAAGUAACUAAAACAACCAACAACAACAAAAGAAAAGAAAAGGAAAGAAACGAUAAGCAAGAGAAUGAGAAUAAACUAUAUGAAACGAAACGAAUAAAAAAGAAUAAAGUGAAGAGAAAACGAAGAACAAUAUAUACAUACAUAUAUGUAUAUGUACUCUUGAAGCAAUUAGAGAAUCGUUGUUCACGUUCUUCGUUCAUUUUUAAUCAUUCCUUAAUUAAUUCUAUAUAAAUUGAAUGAAAAAAUUGUUAAUAAACGGUCCAACUAUAAAACGAACAAUGCUACACGAUUCUUUAAUUGUUUGGAACGGUUCAGGCUCGACGACUAAUUAUUAUAAGAGCGUUGAAAAUUUUGAGAAAGUAAGAGUUAGUAUAGGUAGAGUAUCAUGAUGUUCUCUGCAUUUGAGUUUUCGGACAGUCGAGCUCUGUGAUUAGAGGCGAAAGGCGUCGAGACGCGUUGCCAAGUCGUUUAUCGUUGCAUCGCUAUCGCUGCACCAUGGUGCCGUGUUCUUCUUUUUUACCGUUUCCCCUUCUUUGUUUCUCCCCUCUAUUUCAGUCGAUAGGUUUGAAAAAGCGAGAUUCGCGAACGUUGAUCGAUGGCUUUUCGAUAGUUUCGUCUCAAUGAACCGUGUGUGUAUGCUUUAUGUACGUAUGUAUGCGUGUACAUGAUUAAAAAUCGAUUACAAGUGCGUGAAUUUGUGUGAAAAUUAAUCGUGACGAUAUUGGGAGGACAUUCAUUGAAUAUUUUAAACCUCAGAGCUAAAUUUGUUUCACCAGGUUUGAGGUUAGGUCGUUUGUUUUUAACUUUAAGUUUAGUCACUUAGAUUUUGCUUAUUGUGGUAUGUUCACUAUAUUUUUUUCAGUUUAGUAUUAUCUCAUCUUGUUUCUUUAUCUUUCUAAAAAAAACAUAGAGAUCCUACAAUAGAUUUAGAUGAAAAUGAUUUGAAAAUUAAUACCGGAGAUGCUCUCAUGGUCACCCUUGCAUUUUUCUAAGCUUCCCAGCAUCAGAAAGUAUUCUCACUACCCUCUUCAGGAGACCUUGCCCGUAAAGCGAUUCGUGAUCCAUCAACCUCUUAAACGUCUCAAGACAGAUAAUAAGAAUUGAGAUUAUGAAGCUAUUCAAAGAGAAAGAAUUCAAGGUACACCAAGAAACCAGUUCUCGUAGGUGCCUAGAAGCUACCGACAAAGGUCAUUCUUAUCUUUUUAAACGUGUUAAACAACAUACUUCUCCUCGUUCCUCCAGUUUUUCUAUUCGAUUCUUAGAAAAAGAAAGAAAUAUAAAAUAAAAUUCAAUGAAGACGUUUAAUUCGAUAAUGGUUCCCGAAACCCACCAUGACGCGACGAUAAUGAAUAAUUAUAAAUUGUUAAAAGUCAAUUCGACCACGCCUCGAAUGGCUGCAUUUCCAGUGCAGCGGUCGCGCGAGAUUUAAAUAUUAGCAAAGCAAAAUAUAAAAAAGAACGAAUGAAGUAUAGGAAAGGAAAAAAGCAUGAAAGAAAAAAAAAGGAUAAAUAAAUAAAUAAAACUCUCCAUUUUGAUCGAACUUGAAGUGCUGCAACUUACGGUCGCGAUAUUUCAAUAAUGACAAAUGUCAAACGCCAUUACGGAAACUCAAAGAUUCCGUGUACUUUGUUACAUUGCAGAACAUGACCUAAUCCCGCGUUCACAUGGCAUUCACAGAAGCCAAACAGCAAUAUUAGGUGUAUAUAUAUCUUGUAACUACGACACGUGUAUAUAUAUUCAUACAUACAUAUACAUAUAUAUAAUAUACAUAGAAAAAAGAAGAAACUGAUAAAGUUACGCGUGGUUCGUGUCAACGCGUUUGCAACAAGAAAAGGUUAAAAAAAAAAGCAGCAAGAAAAUAUCAUAUCGCGAUUAUUCUUUCCUUUUCCUCUAAUUCUUUCUCGGUUUCCGGCGCAGCUUUCUGUUUCGAGAAAAACUUCGAUUCGACAACGAGAAUAUUCAUAUAUAUCACCCACGUAUGCAUACAUCCGUAUAUAUAUACACACACACAGAAAUAGAGACACACAUAUGCAUAUGUAUGUUGUAUUUCUGUUGCUGCCGCCUCGAGAAAGAACUUUGAAUAACACAAUUCUGAAGGACAAUCAAAGAUGGAAAGUACUGAUCUCACGAAUAGAGAAUUGCGAUUAAUCGAAUAAGCCUCUGAUAGAUAUAUACAUAUAUAUAUAUUUCGUUAGCUUAAGCCGACAUAUAUAGAUGAAACGAUGCGAACGAAGGAGCUUUUGAGGUUACAUAUACAUGUAUAUCAUUUUUCCACGCCGCGAUUCCCCUCAUGUAUCUAUAUUGCAUAUGGCGGAACAUAUGGUUGCAUAUGGUUUACCUUUCUUUAUUUACGGUCACUAUAGUAGUAUGUGUAUAGAAAGUUAAAUCGUUAAAAUGUUAAAUUCUGUGAACUAACGAACCAAGCAUUGCUUUUUGGCGUUAUUAAUUAACGAAUAUCGAUCAUUCGCGUAAUAUUAUCCGGAUUUGAACGCAAUUCAGAUUAAAGGGGAACCACGGAUCGUCGAGACCCGAACAUACCACUGAACGUUGAUCCACGACGAUUCAAAAUGAAUAAAUGAAAAACAAAACGAAGGGAACACGGGCAAACGCGCUGACAGGGAUAUCUACGCGUGUAAAUACUAUAAAUAUUAAAUAGAAGCGAAAAAUAUGGAAGAAAGAAUGCGAGAAUGCCUGUUUGUGUGUGUAUGGGGCAUGAAGACGAAGAGCGUACAAGAGUAAUGCAGAAAUAGUUCUAAUUUCACGAUGUUACCGAGAACGAGAUGAAGAAAAUGAAGAGAAAAAUGUUGAAUUAUCGAGCAGUUACGAGGACUUUGUUAAUUAGGUUUUAGCAGCGGUGACGAUAUAGCUGGCUCUAUCGUAGUUUCUAUACACUUUAAAACGAACGCGAAAGUUUAACAUGCCGUUGAAACGUUUACAGCAGCUGACGCGCGUCGAUCGAGAAUUAUUGUCGGGAACGGUGCGCCUUGCUCCUUUUUAACGCUGCAUAUCCAGUCUAUCGGCCCGACGUUCCAAAUCGAUUUACCAUUUUCAUACUAACCUUAAAAAUUAACCCUUGCCUUAACAUCGGAUCAUACUCGUGGCAAACAUUAUAGUCGUAAUUCAAUAAGGGAUAUUGUACUCGUAAUGAAGUUUGAAUACUUUAACAAUGUUUAAUCUAACUGCAAAUUAUAUAUAACAUAUCCAUAACACAUCAUCUGACAUGGUGCUACAAAAAUAUUCAUUUGAGUAUCUACUGAAAAGAUCAUAAGGCAAGGAGUUAAUUUACAAAAUGCUUUUUUUCAAUCUUAUAAAAAUUUCGACGAAAAUAUUUGAAAUUCCGCAAGAAAUAUUCACUCACGCAAUUUCAAUUUCAGUUUCGAAUUGGCAUUUUAAAAUUUGCUAAUACUGGCGAUAUUGGAAUGGCGGGGAAGUGGACUCGCUCUGUUCGCUAUCCGAGAGCUUCUCUUCUCGCGCACGUAUCCUCGUCUCCGUCGGGCGGUUCCAUUGGUGACCGGUAAGUCGACCACCAAACGUAUCCGUAAACCGUUGCAUCGAAAAUAUCGAAGACUGACGACGCGUUUCAUCUCCUCGAUAAGCCCAGCGCCAUAUUGGUUUCAUAAAAUCCCCGAUUUACAUUCCAUUCGGACUCGCCACUCGUGAUGUUCGACAAAAUCGAAACAUUCUAGCACCAGUUCGCAACGAGCCAAUUUUCAACGCGACGAAGCUCGAACGAAGCCGAUAACAAAGUCACGAAUGAUCGAGGUGGACGACAUAUGAUCGACUUAUUGGUCCGUCAUCUUGGAAUCGUUGACAACGCGGUCUUUUUGAGUGUUUCGCCAGUGUGGAUCGAUCCGCGUCUCUGGUAAUUGCAACGACGAACCUCCAUCACGUAUUUUUCCCGUGGAACAGUGUGUGUAUGUGCAGUGCACAUUGUGCACGGAACGAUUUCUCGAAGAAAAUCGAAGAUGACGGAGGUGGAGGAGCGCAAUUGGCGUCCGCGUCGAAGCUAAAUGCCGACAAGGCGGGUCGUUGUCGGAUGUGGUGCCGCGAAAACAGGCAACACGACGAAAGAAGAUAUGGUAAACAUGUGAUAUUACAAUUUUUUAUAUAUCAGCUACUUUGCAAUAACGGAUUAUCGACGUACUCGAGUGGAGAGCGUCGUGACACGGGUCGUCGUCGUCGUCGUCAUCGUCGUCGUCAUCGUCAUCAUCGUCGUCGUCAUCGAUUUGUCAACGACGAGUUUACGAACGAACGAAAGUUUGUCUUUAUUUCUUUGUGAAACUCCCGCUCGUUCGUUUCGAAAGAAAGGAGACGAGCGGAUGCCUCGUUUUUGUUUGAAUCUGAUAUCUUAAUCUUUCUUUUCUCUAAAAUAAAAAUCACAAAAACGAUAUGAAAGAAUGACAGAUUCUUUUUGUUGAAAAGAAAAAAAAGAAAGUUAUACGACGACGACUGUGAUCGCCGCGACGAUCGAAGAAGCCGUGAUCGUAUCGAAUUUUUUGUGAAAAUGAUUAAGAGAAUCUAUAUAGUAGCUAUCCGGCGGAAUAACAAAGAAAUAAAGAAAAAAAUAUAUAUAUAUUAUUAUGGUUAUUAUUAUGAUCAUUAUUAUGAUUACUAUUAAAACAAAAGAAAAGGGGGGUAAACAAAUUUUUGCUAUAACUAACACUUCGUCCAUUUUUCUAUAUGGGCAAUUCGUUGCACUGUAAUCAAGUCCUCGGCCUUGUAAAUUCUGUCCUUGUCAUUUCCGAAAACUGCUGUUCGGUAAUCGAACGCCACGAAAAAUCGAUCAAUCUCCAGUUACCAUCGCUCAGCUUAUUCGCCAAUCUUUUUUUUUAUCCUCCGGAAGAAAAUUCGUUUCUCAAUCAACGAUUUUCAAUACUUUAGAUUAAUAUAAUGCUUUUCUAAUCGAUAGAAAAUGACUGUCUAAUGAACAAUUAGCAAACAUAACCUCUCUUGGUUACCGCAAAACAAAGCUUCACGCUCCUAUAUAUGACGAUAUGUUUCUUUUAUAAAUCGAAACGCCGUUGUUUUACAAAAAAAAAAAAAAAAAAACACGUCGUAUUUGCAAUUCUGUAACGAACAACAGCGUAUCACAACGUUGUACGUAAACCAAGAGAGUGUUCGUAAUCAUAAACUUUCCAUUUUUCUAUCAAAGACAAAAUGGAACGAAACGAAAUAAAAGAAAUCUGUAUCGUGAAACGAUCAGAUGAUCGAUUGAUCUUCAUGGCGUUGGAAAAUCGACAGGAGCCGAGCUGUUUGCGAACUCUUGUGAGAAUCCGAUCGUGCGAUCUCGACGCGACUCAGAGAAGACGAAACGCGACGAACGAAUGGUCCUACGCGAACGCUCCUCGCCGCGUUCAUGUUCUUGUUGUUGUUUUCAAUUCGAGCGAUCGUCGACGAUUGAUAACAACGACGAAAGCUCUCCUUGAAAGGAUCUAAAUCGAUAAAAUCUCUAGCUUCGAUCGAGAAUAAAAAGCUGCACUUUCUAAGAGCAAAAUGCUUACGAUCGUGAUCAUCCUUCGAGCUCAAUCGUCUUUAUUAAAGAUAACCUUGAAAUCUUCUCUCAAAGGAUCGAUCUACUACAGAAUUCUGUAAAUAUUGAAUCUUUUAAAUCAGUAAUGCCCGAUUCUGAUUAAGAUUGCUUAGACUUAGACGAUAUUGAUCCUUAAGAAAUUGUAUUGAUUGCAAGGUUAUUGCAAUUGUAUUGCAUGGUUCUUCCCUAUAAAAGGUGUAGACAACGUGAAAUUAAGGUUAGAAAGCGAUGAAGGACUUUUAAGGGAUCAUUUAAGAUGAAAUAUUAAUUUAGGAAAAUGGUAUUUGAACAGCGCCACUGACGAUUGAAUCGAAGUAUCGAUGAUGAGGUUAAAACUUGAGGAGCUCUUUUGUUUUAUGCAGAUACAUGGUAAAAUGAAACACCAACCGUGAAGACUAACCAAAAUUUCGAAUCUACCGUGGUCUAAUGUUCACUGGUCUUCCUGAUCUUAUUUUGCGAAGCGUGGAACGUUCGAACGACGGUCGGAAGCGAAGGGUCGAUCAAGGAGUUCAGAAUCGGCGUCAACGAUCGCUCAAAAAACCACCGAGACGAAUAUACUUAAAGAAAAAACAAAAAAAAAAGACAUAAGAUAAAAGAUGAAAAAUCGUAUCGUCGAGAGAUCAAAUUGUAGCAUCGAACGAAGCCUGGCUAGAAUACUCAAAAGAAAGCUGCUUUCGAACUUAUAAUAAAAAAAGAUUAAAACUUGA